CCCAGCAUGUUGGACUGCGUGCUCUAGCGCCCUGCUUCCUGCACGGGAGGAGACCAUCCUGGAGAGGCCACGGCAUAGACCUGCACCCCUGGGGAGGGGGCUGAAGCCAGGAAGUGGGCAAACGCAUGCAGAAUGAAGGCAGCAGCCAUAGAUCCCAGAAUAUUGGCUCUGGCUGCUCAGGUCACUGAGAGCUCCAGUCAAGAUGUUCCCAUGUUGCUGUUGAAGCUAAAAGAAAUUUUGAAUAGUGUUUCUUUGGAAAGUAAACAGUCCCAGAAAAUUAAACAGGAGCUCUACUACUAUGAUCUGAUUCAGUAUUGUGUGUUGGUCCUGAGACAAGACUACUCUCGACUACAGGGGGGCUGGGCCACUGCUGCUCAGCUAGCAGAGGUUGUAAGUCAAUGUUGCGUAGGAUUAGAGGUGAAAGACAAUCCAGAGGAGUUUUACGAUAAAUUACUUCCUUCAGCUACACAGAACCUCCUGUUUUUGGGAAGACGUCUGCAAGCCCGGUUUAUUCGAGCAAUCAAGGAUGAAGAAAAAAGUGAAUUUUUACGCUGUUUCAGGAUAGUAACCGAUGCCAUCUGCUGGCUGUUUGGCGGGCAUAUUCAGCUAAUGGAGUGCGUGCUGAAGAAUGAUCAUUUCCUGCAGUUGCUGAUGACAGAUGAUGUUGAAACUGCAACCGCAAUGAUGUCUGUAUUACGGAAUAUUUUGAGGGUCAACAGUGCUGUUUUGCUUCAAGUAGAUGAGAAGAUUCUUCACUCUAUCUUAGAUGAACUUAUAUAUAAGCUUUCAUCUACCACCAAUCCUGUCAUUGGAAAUGCUGCUACAAAAUCGUUGCUGCUAGUGGCAGAAUCUCACCCCCACCUCGUGAACUUACUUAGUACCCGCUACAAAGGAUUAAAAACUCUGCUCAGUAAGCAGUGGGCUGGCAAAGGAUUUGGCAGGGAUCUUAAUCAAAUUUUAGACCUGCUGUACUCAGAAUCCUACCAAGAAGGUGAAAUCCAGAGACAACAAAAAGCAGCUCGUUUAAUCCAGUCUGCAUGGAGGGGAUAUCAGACCAGAAAGAGAUUUAAGAAGCUUCCAAAAGCAGUGACUGCUCUACAGAGAAGUUUCAGAGCUAAACGACAACAGGGAUUGCAGCUUUUAAAGAGGCAAAAAGAAGAGGAGGCCCUGAAACAGCAACUGCAGCUUCAGAGACAGAGGGCCAUGAGACUCUUUCAUGAACGGCAGUUGACUUUACUGGAGAUAGUCCAUCCUAGGGAAGUCAAUAGGCACAAGCAGGAACUAGAAGGAAAGUCAGCACUAACUAUACAGAAACUCUGGAGGGGAUAUAGAGCAAGGAGAAACUUUCAUCAACAAAGACAAUCCCUUAAACAAUAUAAGGCAGCUGUCAUUGUUCAGAGAACAGUUCUUAAAUUUUUGGAAAAACAACGGAGGAAAAGGAAAGCAGUCUUUCCUUGGAAAGAGCCCAAGGGACUCACCGAUGAGCAAAGACUAACGUUUCAGCAGAAGGUGGAUGACUACAUCAGACUGCAUCCGGCUUCCCAAAUGUCAGAAGAAAUGAGUAAGGAGCUACAUCUGCAAGCUCAGGAAAAGCUGGCACAGUACCUGCUGAGGAACAGCCUGGAUCGUGGAGCUGAUCAGCGCAGACAGGCCUUGCUAGCACAGGUCAACACUGAUGCAGAGCUGCUGAUGAAUGCUCCAAGAUUGGUGGAGGCCGCAGAAAAAGAUCUUGAGGUUUUUAUGAGUCGGUCAAUCCCUAUAGCAUCCAAAGCCAAGCAGUCCCAUAAUGCCAUACUGAAAUGUACUCGCUGGCCCUGGUGGAAGAAACUGGAAGAUGAAUUCAUGGAGGAUGAUGCAGUUCCCGAUGAUGUUCUGACUGCUCAGUUUGGAACUCUCUUUACUGGUGGAACGAAGUCCUCCUAGUUAACAGGCAAAAAGAAAGAGUUGUUUUCUGACCCAGGGUCAUAUCCCACACUAUGAAGCAGCUGUGUUCAGCAUGUGCUACAAAAAAAGAGAACUCAUUCCUGUCCUCAGACAAAGCAGUAACUAGCAUCAAAGACUUAUUUAAUUGCAGUGUAUUUUAAUCAUUCUUUAUAUGUGUGUAUAUAUAUAGAGAGAGAGUCCUUCUACAUCUACAAUAGAUGAUCAUGUAU